AUGGCUGAUUUUGAGCCUCGUUUCUCAUUGCUGAAGGUCCUUGGUGGCUGGGGCACAGUCAGAGAUAUUCCGCUCACACAGUACUCCAGCAUGAUGCGCAGCAUGAUAUCAGGCACAUCAACUGCUGCAGUUAUCGGGGUGGCUAGUGCGAUGGCAGGCAGCGUCAUCUGGGGCACAGCCGCCAUACCUUUCAUGGUCGGGUCCAGUAUGGGGUUCGCCAUCGGCAGCUUCAGAUGGUAUCACGUCUCGCUUCUCGAGGCGUUGGUGCAGCUGAGGAAGCACCCAGCCCUGCUACGACUACACAUUACCUCCAACUUCCCUUGGGUUGCGCAGCUUCAUGCUCAUGAUGUCGGAUGGUUCACUGCGGAAAGGUUCACGUCGUCGUGGCUGCUCAAGAGCAUGCUGGUCGUGGGCUGGUUGUCGGCUGAGCCUGCAUUGCGGGAGAUCAGGGACCGCCAGGAGGCUAUGCUCGUUGAUCGUUAUGUCGCGCUCGGGAUGGGAAAGGUGGAUUUCGGGUCAGAAAAACUCGAAGAGUAG